AGAGUCCAUUCAUUUGAAUGGACUCCCGUGCCCCGUGACACGCAGGGAAGAAGUCCCUGCACGUCUUCUGAAAACGCAGCCCGCACGGGAACCUCAGUUCACAGUGCGGUUGCGUUUUCCAGUGUGGGCGGCGUGCCAUUAGAACUAAUGGCACCAGCCCACGGGUCCGCAUUCCUCUGUGCGGGUGGUGCGGCUGCACGGAUUUUCGUGUGGAUCUGCAGCCGCACCACCCGCACAGAUGUGAACCUAGCCUUACAGAGUCUCUUU